AUGAAUAUGAAGGAUUCUGAAGUAACUAAUGUUAAUGAGAAUAUUGACACCUUUGCUUCAACUGAUAUUAUUGAAAUCAGUGAUGAUAUAAGAGAAGAAAAUAGUACUGAAGAAUCUACAAGUAUGAACAAUAGAAACAAG